AUCGUGUCUCCCUGCCCCGUGUGUCACUCGGCUAACACCGCCCGAGCUUCCCAAACUGCCACUAAAGCUACAGCAUCAUGGUGCACUUCUGAGAGCCCUCUCCCUGACACAGAUAUGGAUUAAGUACGAGGGCCGAAUUAAACCAGUGAAGCACCGCCCGUGCCGGGUGGGUCAGUGGUGGAAAUGCAGGAGGAAAGCGGCAAAGCAGCGCUCGAGAGCCCCGCCGCAGUCAGCGACAGCAGCGCGCAGAAUUCAGUCCACUUGAACGGGCAUACCGUCACUCCAAAUGGCCACAACCCGACAGCUACGCCUUCCCCACAGCCGCAGUAUGACUCCAUAGCCUCAAGUCCUGUUCCAGCUCUGAUUAUCCCUCGGGAGCAGUGGGGGGGGAAGUAUGAGUUCCUACUCUCCUGUUUGGGGUACAGCGUGGGACUGGGGAACGUGUGGCGCUUCCCGUACCUUUGUUAUCGCAAUGGAGGAGGUGUGUUUCUCAUCCCUUACUUCAUUAUGCUGUUUUUCACGGGUGUUCCACUGUUCCUCAUGGAGCUAAGUUUAGGCCAGUACGGAGCAGCCGGCCCCAUCACUGUGUGGAAAUGCUGCCCUCUGCUCAAAGGUAUUGGCAUUGGGAUGCUCUGUGUGUCCACGCUGGUGUGUCUCUACUAUAACAUAAUUAUAGCAUGGACGUUUUACUACCUGGGCAGCUCGUUCCAGAGCCCUCUGCCCUGGUCCUGUGAUGCGGCGGCCAAUGUGGGUCUCUGUGGAAACAACACCACUGGUAAUAGCUCCGUUGGUCGAGGCCUCAGCCCCACAGAAAAGUUCUGGAACGAGCAAGUGCUGGGUGUCGUACACAGCGAGGGCCUCCAUGACCCGGGCCCUGUCCGGUGGCCCCUGGCCCUGUGCCUCCUGGCUGCCUGGGUCAUCAUCUUCCUGUGUAUGCUCAAGGGAAUCCGCAGCUCUGGCAAGGUGGUUUAUGUAACGGCUACCUUCCCGUACUUUGUGCUCAUCGUUUUGAUCAUCAGAGGUGCUACACUGGAGGGCUCUCUUCAGGGCAUUGCCUUCUACCUCACACCGAACUGGAGCCGAUUAGCCAAUGCACAGGUGUGGAAUGACGCGGCCUCACAGGUAUUUUACUCCUUAGGUAUUGGCGUUGGAGGGCUGCUCUCUAUGGCCUCUUACAAUAAGUUUGACAACAAUGUCAUCCGGGACACUUUAAUUAUCACCGCAGGAAACUGCGGCACCAGCUUCUUUGCAGGAUUUGCUAUAUUCUCAAUCCUUGGUCACAUGGCUUGGAAGAAGGGCGUGCCUGUUGAGCAAGUGGCAGAUUCAGGUCCUGGGUUGGCCUUCGUUGCUUACCCAGAGGCCCUUGCUCUGCUGCCAGGCUCUGUGUUCUGGUCCAUUAUGUUCUUCCUCAUGCUCUUUAUGCUGGGGAUCGACACUCUGUUUGGCAACAUGGAGGGCAUCACUACGGCCGUGCUGGAUGAGUUUCCGCACCUCAGAACCAACGCGCUGCACAAGUCUCUGUUCUUGGGCGCUCUGUGUUUUUGCUUCUACCUAAUGGGUCUCCUGCUGGUGACUGAUGGAGGGAUUUAUUGGUUCACUCUCAUUGACUCCUUCAGCACUAGUUUCGGCCUCAUCGUCAUCGCCCUCUUCAUGUGCAUUGGCAUCUCCUUCUUCUACGGAGUCAACCAGUUUUGUCAGGACAUCGUUGAUAUGAUCUGCCCCUGCCCUCUCUGGUGCCUCAAAGUGCUGCUUUACUUCAAAGCAUGCUGGGUUUUCUGCACUCCAUUUCUUCUGCUGUUCAUCCUGACCUACAUCUUCAUUGAGAUGUAUAACACAUCACUCCACUACGGGUCCUAUGUGUACCCACGGUGGGGCAAAGCGUUGGGCGUGUGCAUGGGCGCUACCUGCUGUCUACAGAUCCUCAUCUGGGCCAUUGUGGCCAUCGCCAAGGAAACGGGAACGCUGAAAGACCGUUUCCAGAAAUCGAUCCGACCUCUGAAUUCCUGGAGGGUGAACAACCUGAACAGCAACAAUAGAGUAGAGGAGCAAAUGGAGCCCGAGAGGGUGGAGGCUCCGUUCACCGUCACGCUCACAGAUAUGGACUUUACUGCGAUGAACUGGGAAAGACAGGCAGAAUGGCACAAAGAGCAGUGAUGAACAAACUACGUUGUCAAGAGACAGAAGAAUGUAUUAUUUUUUGCCUUUGUUAUUCGUGCCAGCUAGUUUCUGGUCGUCGUGUCUGAACAGACGGUUUGUCCUGCAGGGCAGUGUGGAUUAUUGCUUUAUUUAUACUAUUAUGUAUGUUGGAAUUGUAUAUUUUAAAACUUUUUUUACCUUGUGUAGAAUGUACUGUUACAGCUGUAAAGUGUGGAUCAUCUUUAUCUUAGAUGGCAAAUAGGACUCUACCAGGCCAUUUGGGUGUAAUGGUCCUCAAGAGUAUCUGCUGGUUAUAUGUAUUAUCAUAUUAGCGUAGUACAAUGCAUUUUCACUGACCGCAGUCAACAGCAGCUGAAGGGACCAGACGUCAUACAUCAUAUACAAAGAAGAGGGGCAGGAAGUGCUGUGCCUCUGGACUGUUACCUUCAACAACCUCGGUGGACCUAGAAAGGUGACCACAAAACAUGGGCCUGCCAGAAUAUAUGCUGCACCGAGUCAGGAACACUUUGAAUUCAUCUUACUUUUAAAAACAAGUGAUUACUAGAAUUAGUGCUAGAUUAUAUAAAUCCAUCUUUUAAAAUAAAACUUGUCAAAUAAAAUGAACUAUCCGUCUAUACAUCCACGGCUAAACAUCUGCAUUUCAAAUUGCCAGUUACAGCUGAAAAUGUAGGCAUCGGUUGACUUGUGAGAUGAUCGUAUAAAGUCAAGAUCAGUUUUAUUUAUUUUAUAUUUAGUUUGCCGAUAACACCAGUGAUUAUUACCACAAGAGGGCAAUGGUUGCACAAAGAUUAGGGUGCAAAGUCAUCUGGCCAUUGCAUAUUUGCAUCUGCAUAUUUCCAAAACAGUUUUAGCUCCAAUGAAAAUAGAAAAUAAAUAUGAGUGGUAAGAGCAACAACUCUGCACACAAAACAUGACUUUGAACUAUAUUACGAACUUUGUUGCAUUAAGAAAUGCAACGAUUAAUUUAAACUUGAUUAUUGCUGUGUACAUGGAUACAUUACUAUUAAAGCUCCCAUUGGCCCAGGUUUAUUUACUUAUAUUGAGUAAUAUAUUUUCUUCUAAUGUUACCUUGGUAUGUGUUUGUA